AGUUGACAGUUUGACAUCUUCGAUUCUUCCAUUUAUUUUUUUACAGCCAGCAGUAUUUAUAGUUUUUGCUAACGUGGUAUGAAUAAAACGAUUUUUAUGCAGUAAUUUUGAUUUAGUAUAACUGUAACCAAAGAUUCUUAUUAUAAUGGAAAUUCAAGCAAUAUUAUUAGUUUUUAUAGCUUCUAUUCUGGCUGUAAAUAGUUUAAAACCAGGAGAAUGUGAAGUCUGUAUUAAAACUUUGGAGAAAUUUUCUGCCACACUUACAGAUGAUAUCAGGAAAGACCAUAAGAAAAUUGAGAGCAAAUUUAAAGCAUUCUGUAAGGGUGCGAAAAAUAAAGAAAAUAGAUUUUGUUACUACCUGGGAGGCUUAGAAGAAAGCGCAACUGGAAUUCUCGGUGAAAUGUCAAAACCGAUGUCGUGGUCGAUGCCACCGGAUAAAAUUUGCGAGAAACUAAAGAAAAAAGAUCAACAAAUUUGCGAACUCCGAUACGAUGUAGAAAUUGAUUUAAAAACAGUCGAUUUGAAGAAACUUAAAGUGAGAGAUCUCAAAAAAAUCCUUAACGACUGGGGCGAAGAAUGCGAAGGGUGUAUAGAAAAAAGCGAAUAUCUGAAAAGGAUAGAAGAAUUAAAACCUAAACAUACUGAAUUGUGAAUUAAGUGAUACGUUAGGGUAUUAUAAAUGACUAGCUCAAUGGACUUUUAAAAUAGCACUGGAUUGUGUGUCUAAUUUAAUGUCAAUACCAACUAUGCAG